ACAUCGGUUUGUUUCCAGGCGGAAGAGUUUCCCGUCGGACCACUGGCGCGAAUAUUUUGUACAGUCUGUGGAAUAAACACUACACAACUGUCAACAAGCAGAGACAACUCCUAAACUACACACAACAACAACACAACCGCCCACAGCAUGAAGUUCCGAGCGAAAAUAGUCGACGUGGGAUGUCUGAAUCACUUCACCCGUGAGACUAAUCUCAUUAUUCUUCUUCUUGUUACGUGUGUGCUGAGACUCACCUGUGAUCACCUGUACUUCGUGCUGUCGGGCAGAGUUGCAACCGGGGGGGUCAGCAUGUGGUGUGAACUACUACAGGUGAACUUCUUCGAUGAGUUCCAGCUGGAGGGAGUGUCAGCUGAUGCUAAUGAGAUCUUCCUGGAGGUGGCGCCGGAGAACCUGUCCAGAGCCCUGAAGACGGCCCAGAACGCCAAAUCUGUCAAGAUCAAGCUGACCAAGAAGAGCUGCCCGUGCCUGACGCUGGCCGCGGAGCUGCCGUCUCUGUCCAGCCUGAGCCGUGUGGUCACUCAUGAUCUGCCAGUAGAUGUGAUCCCCAGGAGACUCUGGCAUGAUUUCCGCGAGCCGCAGAUGCCAGAGUUUGAUGUCAGCAUAUAUCUGCCUCCUCUGAAGACCAUGAAGAGCGUCGUGGACCGCAUGAAGAACCUCUCCAACUAUCUGGUGGUGGAGGCUAACCUGAACGGAGAGAUGAACCUGAAGAUCGAAACGGAUCUGGUUUCUGUCGCCACACACUUUAAAGAGCUGGGAAACCCGCCGUGGGGUGAGGACGGCUCUCAGAGCUCCAGUCGCACACACAGAGAGCCGGAGCUGAUGGCAGAAACACGAGUCGACAUCAGAAAACUACAGCAGUUCCUCACCGGACAACAGGUCAACCCCAGCAGAGCCAUGUGCAAUAUAGUGGACGGCCGGAUUCUGCACCUGAUCUUCCUGCAUGAGGAUGUUUCCCUGCAGUACUUCAUUCCAGCGGUGGUGUGAGCUCUCCUGUUCAACACACACACACACACACACACACACAUGUCAGCUCUCCUGUUCGGCUCGGGCACUGCGCUGCUGUUAAAACACUGUAUAAGUUAUUAUAAGUAAGUGUAUAUACUGUACGUCAAUAAAUAAGUGUGUUUGAUGUA